AUGGCCCGCUUGGCUGCAGCACUCUGGAGUCUCUGUAUCACCACUGUCCUCGUCACCUCUGCUACCCAAGGCCUGAGCCGGGCGGGGCUCCCGUUUGGAUUGAUGCGUCGGGAGUUAGCAUGUGAAGGCUACCCCAUUGAGCUUCGGUGCCCAGGCAGUGAUGUCAUCAUGGUGGAGAACGCUAACUACGGGCGCACGGAUGAUAAGAUCUGUGAUGCCGACCCUUUCCAGAUGGAGAACGUGCAGUGCUACCUGCCCGAUGCCUUCAAAAUCAUGUCACAGAGGUGUAAUAACCGAACCCAGUGUGUGGUGGUGGCCGGCUCUGACGCCUUUCCUGACCCCUGCCCUGGAACCUACAAGUACCUGGAGGUGCAGUACGACUGUGUCCCUUACAUCUUCGUGUGCCCAGGGACCCUGCAGAAGGUGCUGGAGCCCACCUCCACACACGAGUCAGAGCACCAGUCUGGUGCAUGGUGCAAGGACCCGCUGCAGGCAGGUGACCGAAUCUACGUCAUGCCCUGGAUCCCCUACCGCACAGACACACUGACUGAAUAUGCCUCAUGGGAGGACUAUGUGGCCGCACGCCACACCACCACAUACCGACUGCCCAACCGUGUAGAUGGCACCGGCUUUGUAGUCUACGACGGCGCGGUCUUUUACAACAAGGAGCGCACGCGCAACAUCGUCAAGUACGACCUUCGGACCCGCAUCAAGAGCGGCGAAACAGUCAUCAACACAGCCAACUACCACGACACCUCGCCCUACCGCUGGGGAGGCAAGACCGACAUUGACCUGGCGGUGGAUGAGAAUGGGCUGUGGGUCAUCUAUGCCACCGAGGGUAACAAUGGGCGCCUGGUGGUGAGCCAGCUCAACCCCUACACACUGCGCUUCGAGGGCACGUGGGAAACCGGCUAUGACAAGCGCUCGGCCUCCAACGCCUUCAUGGUGUGUGGUGUGCUUUACGUGCUGCGCUCUGUAUACGUGGAUGACGACAGCGAGGCAGCCGGCAACCGCGUGGACUACGCCUUCAACACCAAUGCAAACCGAGAGGAGCCAGUCAGCCUCGCUUUCCCCAACCCCUACCAGUUUGUAUCCUCUGUUGACUACAAUCCCAGGGACAACCAGCUGUACGUGUGGAACAACUAUUUUGUGGUGCGCUACAGCCUGGAGUUUGGACCCCCAGAUCCCAGUGCUGGCCCAGCCACUUCCCCACCUCUCAGCACCACCACCACAGCUCGGCCCACACCCCUCACCAGCACAGCCUCGCCUGCAGCCACCACUCCACUCCGUCGGGCACCUCUCACCACACAUCCAGUGGGUGCCAUUAACCAACUGGGACCUGACCUGCCUCCAGCCACAGCGCCAGCACCCAGCACCCGGCGGCCUCCAGCCCCCAAUCUGCAUGUGUCCCCUGAGCUCUUCUGUGAACCCCGAGAGGUCAGGCGGGUCCAGUGGCCAGCCACACAACAGGGUAUGCUGGUGGAGAGGCCUUGCCCUAAGGGAACUCGAGGAAUUGCCUCAUUCCAGUGCCUCCCAGCUCUGGGUCUCUGGAACCCUCGGGGCCCUGACCUCAGCAACUGCACCUCCCCCUGGGUCAACCAAGUAGCCCAGAAGAUUAAGAGUGGAGAGAAUGCAGCCAACAUUGCUAGUGAGCUGGCCCGCCACACACGGGGCUCCAUCUAUGCUGGGGACGUGUCCUCCUCAGUAAAGCUGAUGGAGCAACUGUUAGACAUCCUGGAUGCCCAGCUCCAGGCCCUCCGGCCCAUUGAGCGCGAGUCAGCUGGCAAGAACUACAAUAAGAUGCAUAAGCGAGAGAGAACCUGCAAGGAUUAUAUCAAGGCUGUGGUGGAGACAGUGGACAACCUGCUCCGGCCAGAGGCACUUGAGUCCUGGAAAGACAUGAAUGCCACAGAACAGGUGCACACAGCCACCAUGCUCUUAGAUGUCCUGGAAGAGGGGGCCUUCCUGCUGGCUGACAAUGUCAGGGAACCCGCUCGCUUCUUGGCUGCCAAGCAGAAUGUGGUCCUGGAGGUGACUGUCCUGAACACGGAGGGUCAAGUGCAGGAGUUGGUAUUCCCCCAGGAAUAUCCCAGCGAGAAUUCCAUCCAGCUGUCUGCCAACACCAUCAAGCAGAACAGCCGCAACGGUGUGGUCAAGGUCGUCUUCAUCCUGUAUAACAACUUGGGCCUAUUCUUGUCCACGGAGAAUGCUACAGUGAAGCUGGCCGGUGAAUCGGGAACCAGCGGCUCCGGAGGUGCCUCGCUGGUGGUGAACUCACAGGUCAUUGCAGCAUCCAUCAAUAAGGAAUCAAGCCGUGUCUUCCUCAUGGACCCUGUCAUCUUUACUGUGGCCCACUUGGAGGCCAAGAACCACUUCAAUGCAAACUGCUCCUUCUGGAACUACUCAGAGCGCUCCAUGCUGGGCUACUGGUCAACCCAGGGCUGCCGCCUGGUGGAGUCCAAUAAGACCCAUACCACAUGUGCCUGCAGCCACCUCACCAACUUCGCAGUGCUCAUGGCUCACCGAGAGAUCUACCAGGGCCGUAUCAAUGAGCUGCUGCUGUCGGUCAUCACCUGGGUUGGCAUUGUCAUCUUCCUGGUCUGUCUGGCCAUCUGUAUCUCCACCUUCUGCUUCCUGCGUGGCCUGCAGACCGACCGUAACACCAUCCACAAGAACCUGUGCAUCAACCUCUUCCUCGCGGAGCUACUCUUCCUGGUUGGGAUAGACAAGACUCAGUAUGAGGUCGCCUGCCCCAUCUUUGCGGGCCUGCUGCACUACUUUUUCCUGGCCGCCUUCUCCUGGCUGUGCCUAGAAGGUGUGCACCUCUACCUGCUGCUGGUGGAGGUGUUUGAGAGCGAGUACUCACGCACCAAGUACUAUUACCUGGGCGGCUACUGCUUCCCAGCCCUGGUGGUAGGCAUCGCAGCCGCCGUUGACUACCGAAGCUACGGCACCGAGAAGGCCUGCUGGCUGAGGGUGGAUAACUACUUCAUCUGGAGCUUCAUCGGACCCGUCUCCUUCGUUAUUGUGGUGAACCUGGUGUUCCUCAUGGUGACCCUGCACAAGAUGAUCCGAAGCUCAUCAGUGCUCAAGCCUGACUCCAGCCGCCUUGACAACAUCAAGUCCUGGGCGCUGGGCGCCAUUGCGCUGCUCUUCCUGCUGGGCCUCACCUGGGCUUUUGGCCUCCUCUUCAUCAAUAAGGAGUCGGUAGUCAUGGCCUAUCUCUUCACCACCUUCAACGCCUUCCAGGGGGUCUUCAUCUUUGUCUUUCACUGCGCCUUACAGAAAAAGGUGCACAAGGAGUACAGCAAGUGCCUGCGUCACUCCUACUGCUGCAUCCGCUCCCCCCCUGGGGGUACUCACGGUUCCCUGAAGACCUCAGCCAUGCGAAGUAACACCCGAUACUACACAGGGACCCAGAGCCGAAUCCGGAGGAUGUGGAAUGACACCGUGAGGAAACAGACAGAGUCCUCCUUUAUGGCGGGUGACAUAAACAGCACCCCUACCCUGAACCGAGGUACCAUGGGAAAUCAUCUACUGGCUAACCCUGUGCUGCAGCCCCGUGGGGGCACUAGCCCGUACAAUACACUCAUCGCAGAGUCUGUUGGCUUCAACCCUUCCUCGCCCCCAGUCUUCAACUCCCCAGGAAGCUACAGGGAACCCAAGCACCCCUUGGGAGGCCGGGAAGCCUGUGGCAUGGAUACCCUGCCCCUUAACGGCAACUUCAACAACAGCUACUCCUUGCGAAGUGGGGAUUUCCCUCCAGGGGAUGGGGGACCUGAGCCACCCAGAGGCCGGAACCUGGCCGAUGCUGCCGCCUUUGAGAAGAUGAUCAUCUCAGAGCUGGUGCACAACAACCUGCGGGGGGCCAGUGGGGGCGCCAAAGGGCCUCCACCGGAGCCUCCUGUGCCACCCGUGCCAGGGGUCAGUGAGGACGAGACCGGCGGGCCUGGGGGUGCUGACCGGGCAGAGAUUGAACUUCUCUACAAGGCCCUAGAGGAGCCACUGUUGCUGCCCCGGGCCCAGUCGGUGCUGUACCAGAGCGAUCUGGACGAGUCAGAGAGCUGCACGGCAGAGGAUGGGGCCACCAGUCGGCCCCUCUCCUCACCUCCCGGCCGCCCGCCGGCCCGGGGGGGCCAGGGCCCGAGGGUCCGUGGCUGGAGAGAGGAUCCAAACCCUGGUACGUCGACGAACUUCAACUCCUUUCGGACCGGGACUCCAUCCUGGGUCCCCACUCGCUGCCGCGCCAUCUUGUCUCAGGGGUGCUCCAAAUGUUCACGGCCGCUGUCCUCAAGGCCAGGAGUCCCUCAGAGGAGCUCCCGGAAACGCUCACCAGCGGACAAACGGAGGCCAGAGCGCCGCCAUCACGCUUGCCUCUUCAUGCUUUUCACUGAGCCGGAGGGCGGCUUCCAGCGCAGCCCUCCUUGUGCCGCGACAUUAGCCAAUCACAUCUCAGAAGCCUACUGA